GUGUUUUGGCAGAGCGCCUUUGCCCUCAGCCCCCGAGAAGCUCCAGGUAGCCGGGCAUGUGCCGACCAAAGCAUCAAAGUCGGCGAUGCCGCUUGGAAGGGCUUGCAGCUCAACCUCACCACCGAUGAGGUUUUCCGAAAGCGCGACUUGCAGAAUGAAGUCGCAGGGUCCAUGAUAACAAGGCUCCGGGCGCGCGACACGUUUGAUCGCGUCAUGGUGGCCGUGCAUGGACUGGAGACCUACCAGAGCAUCCUGGAUGGGGUCGAUCCCCCGCGGCUUCUGGCCGCGAGGCGCGAGAUGCUGUCACUGUUACCCUCCGGCUCCGCCACCGUCUUGGAGGUGGGCAUUGGCGUGGAGACUUGGGCCUCGAACUUGCCGCUUUACCCAGCGACUGUUUCCCUCGUCGGUUUGGAUCCAGAGGUAUCCUCAAGCACAGUCUGGCCAAAGAAGCCUAGAGGCAUGGACUUCCGAGCCGUCAGGGGCUGGGCAGAGGCCCUUCCAUUCCCAGACAACAGCUUUGAUGCCGUGGUAGCCUCGCUGGUCCUCUGCAGCGUUAGGGAUCCGGACACCGCGCUCCGAGAAAUUGCGCGUGUUCUGAAACCUGGAGGCCGCUACCUCUUCCUAGAGCACAUCCGUGCUCCUACCGGGUCGGCGCUGCGUUGGCAGCAGGAGGUGCUCCACCCGUUGCAUGCCUUUUGCUGCAAGGGCUGCCACCUCACAAGGCAGCAGGACCGUUCAAUCUUGUCCGCCCAUGCUGAACAGCUCUUCACGUCUGUUCCCGUUUUGAAACACUACUUGUGCCAUGGCGAUUGGCCAUGCACCACACAGAUCGUUGGGUACGCAGUGGCGUGA